UGCAUCCCGGUUCGGUCAACGGGGCAGGAACGCCAUCAUGGCUUAAAUUAACAUCUUAUCCAUCAAACCCCGUUCGACCAUCAAAAUCAUUCAACCCGAAACUGCAUCAAUUUUCCUGUAGCCCAUUGUUCUUUCUUAUGACCAGGAAUCACCAGUCACCUCUGGAAUGACUCUUAUCAGGAUGAAUUUGAAAGAUUUGUUGUUAGACGACCGGACUGAUUACUAUUGUGACCCAUUUCGCUUUGUGUGCUCAACUCCCUAACAUAUUCAUUCGGCAACUCACGACUAGGUAGGCAAUGUUCAGAUGGGACGACUGUCUCGAGGGGCAUAUGCUCCUUGGAUUCAUAUUCUCAUCACUCUCUUUCGUUUGCCUGCUCUUGACAACGUUCUCUGCACCCCUCAUCAAAACCAUAUAUUUCCUUUCUAUCUCAUAUUCUUUAAAUUCGGACUUGAGCGCCAAAUUCGGUACGUUUGGCUACUGUGUCACUCAAGAAGGAGGGCAAGGGGGAGGAGGAAGCGGGUGUUCCAGUGCGAAAGUCGGAUAUACACAGCCUGCAAGUGUGGGCGACGGGGACGAGUUGAUCGAAUGGUUGAUCAAGACCGGUAUUUUAUUCGGCAUCGCACUCCUCUUCAUGUUUUUCGCCAUCAUCACUCUCAUCCUCUCCUUACUCCGGGUGGGAAAAUUCAUGUGGAACCCAAUCUACUUUCGCACCAGCGCUUUGCUUGGCACUCUCCUCGCCAUUCUUGCCGAAACGUUCGCCCUCGUAGUAUGGGUUCAUGCGAGACAUGUAUUUGAUGAUGUUUGGGAAGCCAAGUAUGGAGCGGCGUUGUGGACAGGGUUGGUAGGCACGAUAUGCGCUGCUUUGGCAGCUGCCAUCGGUGGGCCAGCGUAUCAAGGACGACUCAUGUAUCGUGCACAUCGCGAAGUGCCGUAUAGCCUAUGAGGAUAAUAAUAAUGAUGUUUAGCAAAUGUCGCAAGCGAUACUCGCCCUGGGUCUUUUAUGUUGAAUGCUGUAUAUGGAUUAUUCUAGGUCGGACAGCAACAUUACUGGUCAAUAUUGUUCAAUAGUCCCGCUUAGUGUGCCCAGAGUAGACGAC